CUUUGACUUCGGUUGUCAAGUAGGUAUGCUUUCGUUACCCCGAUCGAAAGUGGCCUGAUGCUGCGUGGGACGGUUCUCUGGUCCUCUAUUUCGCUUAUUCGCCCCUUCGCCUCUCUCGAUACAAGCCACAUGAGCAAGCAGCAAUGGGAACAGCCCGGCAGAAGCCUGCUUUGGGACGUCUGGGGCAAGAUAUACCGAGCUCGAGUUAUAGCAGGACUCCGCGUGUGCCAUGAUUUCCCAUCGAAUCAUUUAGGUUUCGUUCAGGUGUGGCCGUCUUCUAGGCACGCCGAUGACACCACUUGACUUUGGAGGCGAGCUGGCAUAAGAAGUCGGAGAACAGCACACCAUAGACCGUAACGGAGAGUAGCUCGUAGAAACGAACAAACACCAUUUUGAACCAGAACCUUUGGAUCAUACUUACAGCAAGCACCUGUCCGGUUAUCAAACUACCUCCGUAAUUGGCCUUCCCCAGACCCAGACUGCAAAGAAAGGAAGCCCGUCAGAAAAAGAGUGCCCGGCCAGCAAUGUUCUUCACCACCUCCCCCGACGCCCUCUUCAUCCCGCCCGCGACCAUCGACCCGGUGGGCUUCGGCAAGGUCGCCAUCGUCACGGGUUGCGGGUCGGGCGUGGGCCUCGCGUGCGCGCAGCUGCUCCUGGCGCACCAGUACUCCGUCUGCGGGCUCGACACGCGCGAGUUCAACUACGGGCUGCUUCAGGAGGCGGAUCACGGCCGGUUUCAUUUUCACCGCGCCGAUCUCACUGGGCCGAGGGCGUGCGAGGAUGGGGUUUAUGCUGCUGUUGCUUCUUUUGGCGGACGUAUCGACUUGCUCGUCAACGUUGCGGGCGUGAUGGGAUCGUUCAGCAGCGCCGACGGCGUGACGGACUCGGAGUGGGACCGGGUGAUGGCCGUGAACCUCACGGUCCCGGUCAAGAUGAUGAGGGCGGUGAUCCCCUUUAUGCUCGAGAAGAAGUCGGGCGUCAUCGUCAACGUUGCCAGCACGGCCGGCGUCUCGGGGGCCGUGGCUGGGAUAGCGUAUACGUGCAGCAAGCACGGCCUGAUCGGCGCCACCAAGAAUGUGGCAUGGCGCUUCCGCAAGGAAGGCAUCAGGUGCAACGCGGUGCUCCCUGGCGCCAUCGACUCGCGCAUCGGCAAGGCCAUCGCCGCCGGCCACGGAGGGGACGAAGAGUUUGACGCAGAGGCGUACGCGCAGGUUGAGCCCGUCCAUGCCCUCCACGCCCAGGCGUCCGAGUCGACGCCGAAUAUCACGCCGCUUGAGGUUGCGCAGUCGGUGGUGUUCUUGGCGACGGAUCAGGCGAGGACGAUUAACGGGGUGAGUCUGCCGAUUGACCAAGCUUGGAAUGUUGUUUGAGGACGUAGUUUUCUCGGGUUCGUUAAAGGGGAUGAUAUGUUCUGCUUUGGUAUGUGACCUGCCUGAUGUUGGAUACGGACAAUAGAAGACAUGUUUGGACUGGAGUUGUUUUUCAGGGUUCGUUCUAUCGAUGGAAUACAAACUGAUUUCUGGUCUACUGCCAAUUCGUGUGAUAGCCGUUUCAUCUGCCUAGCACAAGAGCGAGCCUGUUAUGGUGGCAUCUGAUUGAUACAGGACAUCGCCUGCCUCCCGGUUGAAUAACCCAUCAUCACAGUACGACGAAGAUGGACAAGAAAUCAACAAAAAAGCUCGGGCGUUGGUUCGAACCCUAUCCCUACGAAAAACCAGCGUCCCAGUUUCUUCAUCACCCGUUUAACCACCAGGCUACGUGGCCCCAGCAAGUUUGCACUAUACCGGGGAGACGCUCCUUCCUCUGAAUCUGUAAUCCAUAUACUCUUCAGUCUUUCGUGGGAGAAUGGAAUACACAGGAAACUGGAACAAACAAGCAAACGGCAAGAAGUCAGGUGCAAUAUAUUGAAUUACGGGAUUCUCAAUACUUCGCUUAUGAAGGUCCAAGACAGCGUCCUCCUUGGGACAGAAAAUGAGACAUCACCUAGG